GCGGCGUGGACGCACAUCUGCAACGACGUCCGUCGCCGCUCUGCUUGACGUCGUCGUUCAGCUGGAGUUCAUCUACGAUGACGAUGCUGCCAAAACGGCCAUUAGUUGCACUUCUCCUAUGCAGCUGUUUAGCCUCAGCUACCAAAGUCGACGACAGUGUUCAUUAUAUGAUCACUUUCGAGCGAGCUGACAACUUGGAAGGAAGCCAACUGCUGGAGGACAACGAAAAGGCGCUCAAAGACGAGAAUCAUAUGCGAAUAUCCACGCAGAACAAUGAAAACUACAUCUGCAAGAUCCCUGAAGCUCAGUCUGAAAAGUAUGAAGAAGCGGCCAACUACAGGGGCCCAACUCCAGCUGAACUACUAGCUCCUGUCUAUAAGGAGAAGGUUUGCUCAUACAGAGUGGAGCCAUACUGGUCCUAUGAGCUUUGCCAUGGCCGAUACAUCGUGCAGUAUCAUGAGGAAAAAGACGUCAGAGGCGUUGGACGGACUGCAGAGUAUUAUCUUGGGAAUCUUCAUGUAGAUUAUACCACUAUGGCAGCGACCAUAGAUUACAAUAACCCGCCCAAAAGGGUUAUUGAUGGCGAAGAAUUUGCUUAUUACCCUGUUUUUUAUACUCAAGGAACCACUUGCGAUAUCACUGGUAAACCGAGAACCACUACUGUUAUGUAUAUAUGUGUUGAGAAUGCCCGCAAUCAAAUCCACUCACUCAGUGAAGUUUCAUCUUGCAACUACGAAGUUGUAGUAUUAUCAAGCAGACUUUGCACCCAUCCGGCCUACCGACCGAAGUCUCAGCAUAGUCAUGAGAUUGUUUGCUAUAAUAUAGACAAUAAUGAAAACUCAAAGCCCAUGUCUUUGCUUCAAAUGGAAAAUUACCGGAGAGAAGCCUACAAAAAGGACUACUCUGUGAGCGACCAACAACAACAAGUAACGCAUGAAGAGGAUUAUGACGAAGAGGAGAAAGAAGAACCGGAAGUAGAAGAUCCCGCGAAAGAGAAGACGCUAAGGUUGGCUGGCAGGAAAAGGUAUGAGGGCGUGGAUUCACUAGCUAACAAUCGAUUGAUAGUUGAAGAUACGGUAAAUCGGAUACUUUCUGGCAGAGAAUGUAUCUAUGGCGGGGAGGGAUGGUGGAAGUACGAGUUUUGUUAUGGCAAAAGCGUACUACAAUACCACAUAUCACAGAAUGGGCAAAGAACAGAAAUAAUGCUAGGCGUUUUUGAUGAAAAAAUUCAUAAAGCGUGGGUCGAUGAGGAUCAUAAACAUCGAUCACCUCGAAAGUACAAUGGGCAAAUAACACAGGUUUCUCAUAUCUACGUUAAAGGAGAUAUAUGUCAUGAAAUUCAAGCUCACAGAAGUGUAGAAGUUCGACUUCGAUGCAAAACUGCCGAGGGCAGUCCGUUGGCAAUAUCUCUUUCAUUGUCGGAACCGAGACUAUGUCAAUAUAUCCUCACACUUGAGAGUGAAAGAUUUUGUGAACCAUUACAAUAUGUAGACGAAUACGGUCUCAUUGCUUUGGAACCGGAAGAAGAUGCAGCAACACGACAAGGACCAGGACCUCAAUAACAGUACUCAUAACCAAAUUUUAAUAUUUUAUUUGUUGCCAGUCAAAACG